AUGAUGAGGCAUCUAUUUCUUGUUCUUCUGUUGAUCCAUUUGAGUCUUGCACAGAAGGCCAAGGUUAAGCCACUGACGAAAAAAUGGCUGACACUAAAGGGUGAUGAACCUGUGGUAAUAGCUCGUGGAGGGUACUCGGGCCUUUUUCCUGAUUCCAGCGAAUAUGCGUAUAGGGUCGCCAAGGAUAACAGCUUGCCUGGUACCAUUUUGUUCUGUGAUUUACAGCUUACAAAAGAUAGCGUUGGGAUUUGCCAGACAGAACUGAGGCUGGACAAUUCAACAACUAUAAGAGAUGUCUUUCCGAAAGGGCAGAAAACUUACAAUGUAAAUGGACAAGAUAUGAGCAGCUGGUUUGCCUUGGAUUAUACAUCUGAUCAACUAUUCACAAAUGUGACUUUGAUACAAAACAUAUACUCUAGAACAAAUGUGUUCGAUGGUCUAUUCUCCCUGUGGACCCCUGAUAAUGUGGUAGCAGCUUGGCCUUCUUCAAAAAUUUGGUUGAAUGUUCAGUAUGGGAUGUUCUACAUCUAUCAUAAGCUCAGCCUGGCAAAAUAUGUUGAAGACUCUAUGAAAUUUAUUAAUCCGGAAUACAUUUCAUCUCCUGAGAUUGGUUUCUUGAAGACCAUUGGUGGCAAACUGAAGAAAUCCAAGAAAAAGCUCAUCUUCCGGUGCCUAGAGGCAGAUGCAUUUGAACCCACAACCAAGGAGAAAUAUGGUUCACUCUUGGGAAAUCUUUCGAUGAUCAAGUCAUUUGCUUCUGGUAUUCUUGUCCCAAAAGAGUAUAUAUGGCCUGUUACUAAGGACAUGUAUCUGCAACCUGCAACAACUCUUGUAGCCGAUGCUCAUAAACAAGGUCUUGAAGUAUAUGCUUCUGGCUUUGCAAAUGAUGGUAUGCUAAGUUACAAUUAUAGUUAUGAUCCAACAGUCGAGUAUCUGCAGUUUGUCGACAACUCCCAAUUCUCAGUUGAUGGGGUGCUUACAGAUUUCCCUUCCACUGCAUCAGAAGCCAUUGCAUGCUUAGCCCGGAACAAGAAUGCUUCCAGGAUUAUGGAUGCUUUGAUCAUAUCUCACAAUGGAGCUAGUGGGGAUUACCCUGGCUGCACUGAUCUUGCCUAUCAGAAAGCCAUAGACGAUGGGGCCGACAUAAUUGAUUGUUCUGUUCAAAUGUCAAAAGAUGGAUUUGCCUUCUGCUUGGAGACAGCCGACCUUACGGGGAAAACUACUGCAGCAACUACUUUGAUGGAUCGAACUGCAACAGUCCCAGAAAUUCAGCCAAACUGGGGGAUUUUCUCCUUUGAUGUCACGUGGAGUGAAAUCCAAUCCCUCAAGCCACAAAUUACAAGCCCUGACAUUGACACUAGCUUGCAAAGAAACCCUGCAAACAGGAACAAGGGAAAGUUUGUCACUCUGUCUGAGUUCUUAGAAAUUGCUAAGUCUAAGGGAAUAACUGGAGUUCUGAUUAACAUUGAAAAUGCUGCCUUCCUAGCAUCAAAGAAAGGUCUUAGCAUAACCGAUGCUGUCACUACUGCCUUAAGCAAUGACACCCUCGACAAAGUUUUGAUCCAAUCGGAUGACAGUUCGGUGCUAUCAAAGUUUAAGUAUGCUUCAACUUACCAGAGAGUAUUGACCAUUAAAGAGCAAAUAAGUGAUGCACCAAAGCAGGUAGCGGAGGAAGUCAAGAAAUAUGCUGAUGCAGUGAGUGUCACUAGAAAUUCCAUUGUUAGAGAUAAUUCAGUCUUCUUUUCGACUGAUUUCACAAAUAUUACACAAGAAAUGCAUGCAGCAAAUGUCUUGGUAUAUGUCGCAUUUCUCAGGAAUGAAUUUACCUCGCUCAUCUUUGAUUACAAUGCGGAUCCUUACACACAGCUUGCUACUUUUGUUGUGGCAAACAAAGUUGAUGGGGUCAUUACGGACAAUCCAGCAACUACCAAUGCAUAUAUGAGGAGCCCCUGUUCCAAAAUAGAUGCCAAUGUUUCAUUCCCCAUCUUGCCAAUUAAGGCGGGUGAUCUUCUGGCGGUGCUUGCACAAGAGGUGCUGCUACCACCCACUCCAGCACCCGCCCCAGCCCUUGAAGUUGCAGAUAUUAUUGACCCUCCUCUUCCUCCCGUAGCAAAUAUCUCAACCAACUCCACAUCUUCACUUCUUGCUCCUGCACCUGCUAAGAAUAAAUCAAGCAGUCAAAGAACUUCUGCUGAGACAGGUCACUAUGUAGCAGUGAUUGUGGGGAUAAUCGUGUUGGAGCACGAAGAAUCUUCUGCAAUGAUCAAGUCAUUUUAA